AUGACCGAAGCGAACCCACUGGUCUCGCCCACAGCCUCCCAGUCCGUGACUGAAACGGUGAACGGGUCACACAAGUUCGAAAUCCAAGGCUAUUCAUUGGCGAAAGGAAUGGGAGUUGGAAAACACAUCGCGAGCGAUAAUUUUACAGUGGGAGGGUAUCAAUGGGCGAUAUAUUUUUAUCCAGAUGGGAAAAAUCCGGAGGAUAAUUCGGUUUAUGUGUCCGUUUUUAUCGCAUUGGCUAGCGAAGGGGCGAAUGUUAGGGCUUUGUUUGAAUUGACGCUUGUUGAUCAGAGUGGGAAAGAGAAACAUAAAGUUCAUAGUCAUUUUGAUCGGUCGCUCGAGAGUGGGCCUUAUGCGUUAAAAUAUCGGGGCAGCAUGUGUGAGACCUUUAGUCAGUGUAGCUCAGAUUCUAUUGUGCCUUUCGAAGGAACCAAUCUUAAGGGUUACAAGCGAUUUUUCAGACGAGCAACACUUGAAACAUCGGAUUACCUUAGGGAUGAUUGCUUGAAAUUCAAUUGUACUGUUGGAGUAGUAGUUUCUGCAACGGAUUGUUCCCGGUUGAACUCAAUUCAGGUUCCAGUGUCUGAUAUAGGAGCUCAUUUUGGCAUGCUGCUUGAUAACAUGGAAGGUUCAGAUGUUGUUUUUAAUGUGGCAGGGGAAAAAUUUCAUGCUCAUAAGUUGGUGUUGUCUGCCCGGUCUCCUUUUUUUCGAUCUAAAUUUUUUGAUGACGUAGAGGAAGAUGAACAAGAGAUUGUCAUUUCUGAUCUAGAACCUAAAGUUUUCAAGGCUAUGCUGCACUUUAUAUACAGAGAUACUCUCACUGAAGAUGUGGACAUGGCGACGCCCAGCUUCUCCCCCGUCUCCUCUGUGUCUGAAACAUUAACAACAAAGCUGUUAGCUGCGGCAGACAGGUAUGGUUUGGACAGACUCAGACUGAUGUGUGAGUCUCAUCUCUGCAAGGAUAUAUCUGUGGUCUCUGUCGCCAGCAUCCUUGCCUCUGCCGACUCUCAUCGGGCAACAGAGUUAAAAGCUGUUUGUCUAAAAUUCACUGCUGAAAACCUUGCAGAUGGGGCUGUUCAGACACAAGUGGACAUUGGAAAUUGUGUGGGGCCAGGUGACAGGGAUGAUGUUCUGGGAAAAUUGCAAAUUGAUCCCUAUAUUUGCAAUCCUAUUAGGAAAGGGAAAAACAAAACUAACCCUAAUUUCUUCGAGAUACAAUCUCUCAAGAUGACGGAACCGAACCCACUGGUCUCCCCCACAGCCUCCCGGUCCGUGACCGAAACGGUGAACGGCUCGCACAAGUUCGAAAUCCAAGGCUAUUCGCUGGCGAAAGGAAUGGGAGUAGGAAAACACAUCGCGAGCGAUAAUUUUACAGUGGGAGGGUAUCAAUGGGCGAUUUAUUUUUAUCCAGAUGGGAAAAAUCCGGAGGACAAUUCGGCUUAUGUGUCGGUUUUUAUCGCGUUGGCUAGCGAAGGGACGGAUGUUAGGGCUUUGUUUGAAUUGACGCUUGUUGAUCAGAGUGGGAAAGGGAAACAUAAAGUUCAUAGUCAUUUUGAUCGGUCGCUAGAGAGUGGGCCUUAUACGUUGAAGUAUCGUGGUAGCAUGUGGGGUUACAAGCGAUUUUUCAGACGAGUGAUGCUUGAAACAUCGGAUUACCUUAAGGAUGAUUGCUUGAAAAUCAAUUGUACUGUUGGAGUAGUAGUUUCUGCAACGGAUUGUUCCCGGUUAAACUCAAUUCAGGUUCCAGAGUCUGAUAUAGGAGCUCAUUUUGGCAUGCUGCUCGAUAACAUGGAAGAGGAAGAUGAACAAGAGAUUGUCAUUUCUGAUUUAGAACCUAAAGUUUUCAAGGCUAUGCUGCACUUUAUAUACCGAGAUACUCUCACUGAAGAUGUGGACAUGGCGACACCCAGCUCCUCCCCUGUCUCUUCACCUGUCUCCUCUGUACCUGAAACAUUAACAACAAAGCUGUUAGCUGCAGCAGACAGGUAUGGUCUGGACAGACUCAGACUGAUGUGUGAGUCUCAUCUCUGCAAGGAUAUAUCUGUCGAUUCUGUUGCCAGUAUCCUUGCCUUGGCCGACUCUCAUCACGCAAUAGAGUUGAAAGCUGUUUGCCUAAAAUUCGCUGCUGAAAACCUUGCAGCUGUAAUGCGGACAGAUGGCUUCACCUACCUCAAGGAGAACUGCCCGUUGCUGCAAUCUGAGUUACUCAAGACAGUGGCAGGUUGUGAGGAGGAUUGUAGCAGUGGUGGUGGAAAGUCACGGAGUGUAUGGGCCCAACUUUCAGAUGGUGGCGACACCAAUGGCCGAAGGGUGAGACAAAGAUCCUAG